AUGACCUCUAACGAAGGAGACGUUCCUUCAAAUGAGCUUCUCGACAAGGUUCGCGGAGACCUUGCUGGCUCCGUGAUUCGGAAGACGAAACGAGAGGUCGAUCUGCCCGAGAACUCAGACAUUCGUUUUGUGGCCACUUCAUUCGCACCCACGCCGGGCACUUUGAAUGGUUCUACCCUCACUGUCGGCGAAGUCUGCAGCAGCGGGGAGCUAUUGAUUUUGGCAACACCUAUCGAAGGUUCUGAACAACUGAUGACCAAACGUAUGCGCAAAGGUGCCGAGGAUGUGAUACGUCUGACCGAAGCCUUUCGUGGUGCCCUUGACGAGAUCCGUCUAUCCAACGCAAAGCAGGCCCAAAUCAUCGACAGAAUCGAGGCCAGGACCAAGCAGCUGGAGGACUCUGAGAAGAAGCGAGUGGAGUGGCGGCAGAAGCAGGAGAUCUUGGACAAAGUCUCAUCCCUUCAAGCUGACUUGACCACAGUGCGGCAGAGCUAUGAACAAGAACUUUCCAUAGCUGCACGAGAGAUGGCAAUUCAGCUCAAUGCCCUUCGCCUGCGGGUGUUGCUUGACCAGGCAAGGCAAAGGAUUUUGGACCCUAUUGAUCGCCCAUUGGCGACGUGGGCUGAAAUUCGACAGCCUCAUCCAAACAGAGACUCUCUCCUUGACUAUAUUCGCUCACAGCUUCCGGAGGACCAGUUUUUGUCCACACCAUCCGGAUUGUUGAUGCUCUCUUUUCUGGACACCGACAACUCCAUCCGUCGAGUUGGGAACUCAGCGACCCAUACAGCAUCUGCGGAGGAAAUUCGGGUCGCCAUUGACGCUCAGCCACUCGGGUCGACAGAGAGGGGCAAUCUCAAUGUGGUAUUCGACUUUGUAUUCUCAUAA